AUGAGACGAGUUAAUAACCCUAAUCAAAGUCCCGAAAACAAGAAGUCGAAAAACUUCCAGGAAAAGUUUAAGGAUAAAAUUAGUGUAACAAAUAAGGAUGGAACAAGAACCAAACUUUCAAAUGGAGAAGUGGAAAACAAAUUUAAACCAACAAUAAUUCAAAAAACCUCUCCAUCUAAACCACCAAAUCCUUUUAAUUCUCAACAAAAAUCACAAGAGGUUCCCACACCUUUCAAGCCACUUUACAAAAUUCCAAACUCUCCAAUACAAAUAGCAUCAAAUAAGGAUAAUUCAAAGGAAACAAAUAUUUUAAUAGUGAACCAUACAAACCAUGAUCGACAUGUUGUUGGUGAUUCUGUUCCAUCAACAGCUUGCGUAUCGGAAAUAUCUGUUUCACCAGAAACAAAUAAUCAUCAACCUGUAGUACAUCAUAUCGUCUCUACUACAUCAUCGAGAUUUUCUUCAAGAGAAAGUUCAGCCUCUUCAAGAAAUAGAAAGAAACCAGUUAUUACAGCUCAGCAAUUUAAGAAUAUGGUGGAAGAAAAAAAGAAGGACAAUGAUAUGUUAAUUCCAAAAAUUGAAUCUCCACCUUCUCCUCAACAACCAAAAGUAAUUACUCCUCCAGAGAAGAAAAUUAAUGUUAGAUUAAUUCAUGAAUAUGAAAAUCAAGAGAAUGAAUCAUUUAUUUCCUCAAUUGAUCAUGUCAGCCCUAUCAAUAAGCAGAAAAAUGUUGGAGCAUAUUCUGAUAUUUAUGGAAUGCCAAAAAAGAAGAAUGAAGCUGACUAUGAUGUGGAAUCUGUUCAAAAAGAUCCAGGAUACGCCAAAUCUAAAAAGGAAAUCACUUACAAACCAUAUUCAAUGAAUGAUUACAACAAAAUCAAAUCUCAAGGUAAUAUUAAAUUAGGGGGUUUGGGAGCUGAUUUACAAAAUGAACAAUUGUUGGAAAAGAAGGAAAAAGCGUCCAAGAUGAAAGAGUACGCAAAAGAAAUAUCUCAACUCAAUAAUAAUAAGAUUAAGAAACAAAAGACACCAACGACAAGCCAACCAACCCCUCAAGAAAUUGAAGCUGCCAAACUGGCAAGUGUAAGAGAGAAAGCGCUCGAAUUUGCAUCAAAAAUACCAAAGCCAAAACCUAAAAAGAAGUACUCUGGCUCAGCAACAGCCGAUGCCGAACCAGAACCAUUAUCUGAGUUGGAAAUGUUGGAAUUACAACAUGAAAGAGACAGAGAAUGGUUGAAAAAAGAGUUUGCUACUCGGUAA